AGUCUGAGUUUCCACCUGCCCGCCCCCGCCGCAUAUAACUCGCAGCACAUGCGGCUGAGGGUUCCAGUGCCUUGUCUCUGUGGGUGGAUUCCUAGGGUCAGAGCGUCAUGUUGUGUCUCCCGUUUUCUCCAGUUCGCCAGAGGUAGAGUGAACUCUGGCUGACGACCCUCGCUGGACAGGACCAAAGCCUCAAGGUAGUGAAGCCCCCCUUCCCUCGGACUGUCAGCCUCGAUUCCGAUGAAGCUGAUAAGCAGUCUCGAUGGUUCAAAACCACUUAAUGCCAACAACAUGGAGACAUUAAUUGAAUGUCAGUCAGAGGGUGAUAUCAAGGGGCUUCCACUGCUGACGUCAUGUGAGAGUGAAGACAGCAUUUGCCAGCUAAUUGAAGUUAAGAAGAGAAAGAAAGUGUUGUCUUGGCCGUCUCUCAUGAGAAAGCUCUCUCCUUCUUCUGACUUCUCUGGGUCAUUGGAACCAGAGCUGAAAGUGUCGUUGUUUGACCAGUCUUUGUCAAUCAUCUGUGGAGAGAACGGCACACUCCCCAGACCCAUCCAGGACAUCCUCGCCAUCCUCUGCCUUAAAGGUCCUUCAACUGAAGGCAUAUUCAGGAAAGCUGCCAGCGAGAAAGCCCGCAAGGAGCUGAAGGAGGAGCUCAACUGUGGGGGCUCCGUGGAUCUGAAACAGCUCCCGGUGCACCUCCUGGCUGUGGUCUUCAAGGACUUCCUCCGGGGAAUCCCCCUGAAGCUGCUCUCCUGUGACCUCUUUGAGGACUGGAUGGGCGCCCUGGAGAAGCCCAGCGAGGAGGACAAAAUCGAGGCCCUAAAGCAGGUUGCUGGACGCCUCCCGGGGCCCAACCUCCUCCUGCUCAGGAACUUGGUCUACGUGCUCCACCUCAUCAGCAAGAACGCCGAGGUCAACAAGAUGGACUCCAGCAACCUAGCUAUCUGCAUCGGGCCCAACAUGCUCACUCUGAAGAAUGACCAGAGCCUGUCCUUCCAGGCCCAGAGGGACCUGAACAAUAAGGUUAAGGUCUUGGUGGAAUUCCUCAUUGACAACUGCUUUGAAAUAUUUGGGGAGAACAUUCAGACACAUUCCCGCAUCACUUCUGACGACUCCCUGGAACACACUGACAGUUCAGACGUGUCGACUCUGCAGAAUGACUCAGCCUAUGACAGCAAUGACCCGGAUGGUGAGCCCACAAGUGGCGCUGCCUCUCCCAGCAGUCAGCGGGAGGGUUCCACUGCCACAAUGGCUGGCCUGGAUACCCAGGGUCCCCGGGACACCUGUGAGUCAAGGUCAGAGUCCAGUGUUAGCAUGGUAACCAGGCUGAAAAGCUCCAUUGUGCAGCAAGACAGGCGGUUUUCUGAGCCCAACAUGUCACCCUCACAAGAGUGUCUCGUGAGCCCAACAACCAAGCAAAAGCUAACGAGGAGUGAGCACAGCUUCACUCUGCCCCAGGAAGCUUCCUGUUCUGAAGGCGAUGAGGCUGAAGAUCCCUUUACAGAGGAAGUCUUCCCAGCAGUCGAAGGCAAACCCAAGAGACCAGUGGAUUUGCAGAUAAAGAAUUUGACCCAAGGUUUAGCAUCGCCACAGGGACUCGUAACCAAAGCUUUCUCCAGCUUCUCCCAGGGUGAAUCUUUAGACAGCUCACCUGUGCCUUCUCCAUCCUGUCCCAAGAGAAACUUCUUCACCAGACACCAGAGUUUCACCACAAAGAUGGACAAGACCAAACCCCAGAGAGAAAUUAGAAAGCACUCUAUGUCAUUUUCCUUUGCGUCCCACAAGAAAGUGCUGCCCCGAACUACCAGCACUGGGUCUGAGAAACCCAAAGACUUUUCUCGAGACCAGCUCCAGAAGGACUUGAGGAAAGAGAGCCAGCUUGCUGGCAGAAUCAUCCAGGAAAAUGAGUCAGACAUCCAAAGCCAAACAACUCUGGGCUUCAGCUUGUCUGGGACCUGGGCCCUCUCGGUCAAUAACUUGUUCCCAUUAGUGGAUGUGAGGAGGCCAGGAAGCCCACCAUCUUACGAGGAGGCCAUUUAUUACCAGACAUCGGGACUCACAGCCUAUGGCGGACAGACAGUUGGAAGUAUGAGGGCAAGAAUGUUCAAGCAGAGCACAGCGGGGCCCCCUGUGCCUUGUCACCAUGGAGGUGACCUCAGCGAAGGGACACCUGGUGGACACAGAUUGUCUUCCGUGACUGAGCACUGGGCCCACAGUCAGACUGUCCAUGUCUCUGUAGAAACUCAGGGGAGAGCUGAGCUGCACCGGUUCGGGACAGUAUCCGAGUCCAGUCAGUUGGUCUUUGAGGUCGACCAACUCCGCUGUGCUAAAGAAUCCUACAUUUAAGAAAGGACACCGUGCCUCAUGGCUAACUCGUAUGUGAAGAUACGACUUCAGAGAACUGCCUGUUGAGUCUGUUUCCCAAAGAGUCAUAGAUAAGCUCAUUCAGAACGUUGUGUGGAGCUCUCCUCUGUGAGGAUGGCCCACACGGUGACACCAGAUUGUGUCUGUGUGUAACCGGGUUUGUGCAAUAUGUAGUAAAUGUAUAAAAUGUAUUAUAUACAAGGUAUUAGAGGCAAAGGGUGUCUGCACACAUCCCUUCAUGCAUGUACUUCUGUCCUUUCUCUAUGUUGGGUUUUUGUUGUUGUUGUUUUUGGGUUUUGUCCUCAGGUGCUUGUUUCUAUUGAUUAGAAAAAGAGUCUUUACUUUUCUUAAUGUCCCAGCAAAUGUCAUGCCUUUGUUCACAUUUUCCGUGAGCCGCAUGUAGGUGGAAUUGUCUGCGCCUCCCAUGCGUCUUCUCCUAAGCAGGCUUGUGACAACGAAUGAGCAUCUUCAUAGAAGGGAGCAGAUUGAAAGACACUGUACUCAGUGUGUGAGCUGUCAGCUGCGCUGGGAGAAGGUCUUUCAAUCAUCUAAUGGGAUGUGGGAGGCGCGGUGGAAACGCACUCUGUCAGUAUUAAUUCGCGCAGAGCUCUGAGCUUCUGCGGCUUGGUCAUGUCUUGUGCUGCUGUGUGGAGGUAAGCAGUGUUGUACGCAUCGGGGAGUCUUGUAUACGACUUCGGCGUAGUUUAUUUAUUAUUCAUAAUAAACUGCCCUCCUUUAGACAGUU